AUGGCCAAAAGGAAAAAGAAGAGGACGCACGUCAAGCCCGACGAGGCAGCUAUCGCCAAAGUCCCGAAAUCCUUCGUCAUCAAGGUCGGGCCGGUCGGGAGGAGUCUGGCGCACUUGGUGAAGGAUGUCAGGAGGGCUAUGGAACCGAACACGGCCAUGAACCUGCGGGAACGCAAAGGCAACAAACUCAAAGACUUCGUCGCCGUCGCCAGUCAACUCUCCGUCACGCACCUACUCCUCUUCUCACGCACGGCCGCCGGUGUAAAUCUCCGAAUUGGGAGGUUGCCACGCGGUCCCACCCUCACCUUCCGCGUAACGUCGUACGGUCUAUCAACCGACGUGCUGGCGUUGCAGAACAGGCCGAAAUCGCCGGGAUUCGAGUUCAAGACGGCGCCGUUGGUGGUGCUGAAUGGGUUUGGUGGGGACGACAAACAUGUCAAGUUGAUGGCGACUAUGUUUCAGAAUAUGUUUCCGCCGAUUCAAGUCCAGACGAUGAAACUCGCCGACGCCCGCCGCGUGAUCCUCUUCAACCUCAACAAAGAAACCAACGAAGUCGAGUUCCGGCACUACACCAUCAGCGUCAAAGUAACCGGCGUCAGCAAAAGCGUCAAAACCAUUAUCCAAACCGACGUUCCCGACCUCGGGCGCUACAACGACAUCAGCGACUACAUCCUCAAAGGCGCAUUCGCAUCCGAGAGCGAUGUCGAGGAUGCCGGUGAAUCCACCGUCACGCUGUCGCAGAAGUAUAUUGGGAAGGGGAAUAGGCAGGCGGAGCAACGCGCGAUUCGGUUGGUGGAGAUGGGACCGAGGAUCCAGCUGUCGCUUUUGAAGAUUCAGGCGGGGCUUUGUGAGGGAGAGGUUAUUUAUCACUCGAUUGUGCAAAAAACACCUGCACAGGUCAAGGAACAGGAAUGCCGUCUCCAGAAAGCAAACGCUGAACGGGCCCGCCGGAGAGCUGAGCAGGAAAAGAACGUUGCAGCUAAGAAGCAGGCUGAGGGCGGUGAUAAUGACGAUGAUGCGGAGGAGGCGGAGGAAGAGGAAGACGACGAUGAUGAUGCUAUGGAUGUCGACGAGGAUGAAGGGGAUGAGGAGUAG